AUUUUCUCGAGUGCUUCAAUUAACUAUAUUGGAAAUUGGAAACUCGUAGUUUUGGGUGACCACGACUUUUAAAUUUCAAGGUGACAUGGUCUUCGAUGUGUGAGUCAAGGUUCUACCUGAAGGAAGUUUAGGCUAAGAAGUCUAAACUAAAUGACAAUGAAUAUUGCUUCAGCUCUUCGUUAUGGCAGAGUCUGUAAUUGCCGAUGGCAAACGAAGUUUGUGAUUUGUAUACAAUGUAUAUGCUAUUCUUUAUCCUUCAUCCCUAACAUGAAUUCGUACUUCUGCAUUAUCGGAGGUUACCUCCUACCACCUUACUUUCGGCUUUGGACACUUUUUACGUCUUCGUUUUACAACUUUUCUCUCACACUUCUCUUAUUGGAUAUUCUGACUGUGUUUCUUAUGGACAAAUUACUAUCCGGUCCAUACAAAUGGCAUGAGCUGCUUCGAUUUAGUGUGUUGGUGAACUUUUCUUCUUCUGUCUCUGUUUCUUUAUUUCUUUUCCCAAUAUCUCUUAUAGUGUAUGACAAAAGUGUGCUAUUUUUAUAUCCUGUUUGCGGUCUUGUUGCACUUCUGGGUGGCGUCACUGUAUUAGGCCGCCAGAUGAUGUCAGAUAAGCUCUUGAUCGAUUUUCCUUUGGGAAAAAUACGCUAUAAACACAUACCAUUCAUAUCUGCUCUUUCCUUCGCUGUUUUAUUCAGCAUUGGGUUUUGUGCUGGCAUAUCCUUUUCUCUCUUUGUAACUGGGAUUUUUAUUGCGUGGACCUACUUGCGUUUCUUUCAAAGACACAGUAAUGGACUGCUUGGCGAUGUGGAUGAUAGCUUCACGUUUGCUGGGUAAGACUAACUUUGUCUUAUCUUCAUAACCCAGAUUUUUCCAAAUCAUUUAGGCCCACCUGUCUCUGUAGUAUCUAGUGCAGUAUUCAACGUUCUGGUUCGGCUGAAUAUUUGUAAGCCACCACCCGUAAGACAAGUAUCAGCCUCACCUUCCGUAGUUUCAUUUACAAUAGAUAUACACAACAAUGCUUCUCAAUUGGCUAACAGGUACAUUCCAGCUCUAGACCAUGUAAAUACUGCAAGUAUUCAGUCUGCAGGAAAAUAUAUUUCGUCCAUCUAUACAAUUUCAAAUUUAUCAACUGAACAAAGUCAACCUAUACAAACAAAUGGUACACCACUGCCACCUAUACCACCUCCGAUUUCUGUUUCAAAUAAUAAUUUAUCGUGAUAUUCUCUCUCUUAACUGUGCUGUUGCACAAGAAAAUUACUGUUUUUUGGUCUGUAUUCAACUUUUCAAUUAUGAAUGCUAAUGCAGAAAAUCUAGAUGAGCUCCGUCGUCUAUAUAUAUAUACUUUCUGUUUUAACUUUCAGUAAAGUGUCUUUUUAAUUCUCUAUUUUACACUUAUAUCUUGUUGAUGGCUGUGAAUUGUAUAGUCAAUAAGAAAUAGUAUACCGUAACAACUUUUCUUGUCUUUACCGGUUAAUAUUUGGUACUUUCAACGACAAUGACCAGAUAAAUAGUUAUAAAUAAAAUUAAACUUCCAAAUAGUCUAUUUAGGUAGUUAUUUAAAAAUAAACUAUAAAAUUUACCUAUUUUUUGAUGAUGAACUUAAACCAAUCAAAGGUACAGCACUUAACAGAUUGCUCUAGUUUCUAAAACAUAAUUUAAUCCUGUACGCUUCCGUUAGUAAUGGUUAGCAACAGUCUAUUACUGCAUAGAAGCUUGUAGCUAUCACAGAUGUAACAAGUAUCUAAAUUUGGAAAGUAUUAGGCAAAAAGUUGCAAAACUGUGAGUUACUUUAUUCAGGUGUUUACUUAAUUAGUACAAAAAUGAUACAAAAUAUUGAAACAAGCGGAAGUAGUCAAACUGGAGAAGUGAACAAAAUGAGCAGUUGAACUUACUGUUGUGUAUAGGAAUUAGCUUAUCCAAAAGUUGUAGGUAUAAACGCACAUUCAGUCUCCACCUAACCUAGUGGUUGGUUAUGAAACAGCGGACAUUGGUGAGUCUGAAGAUGAUCAGUGGUUGCAUUAGAUGGUAUUUAAAGACUGCUUCCAGAAUGUCAUCGAUGGCAAAGUUGAAGAGGAAUGGUAAGAUCGGGCAACCCUGUCUAACCCAACUACUUGAAUGGAACAAUGGAGAAAGGUGGUUGUAUGUCCUCACUGUGCCUGAGGUAUUUGUAUGUAGGGCUUUUAGGAUGUUAAUAAACUUCUCAGGCACGCGCUUCUUCAAUAGACAAUCCUGUCCAACGAAUAGAAGGCAGCCCUG